AUGGCGCCAGCAGAUGGAAGCUUAAAGGUGUACAAGAGAAGAAUCAAAAGGAGGAAGGAUGUUGAUGAAGGAAUGGACAGACUGAGUGAUCUUCCGGACGGCAUUCAGCAUCACAUUCUCUCCUUCCUCGACACUGUGUCAAUGGUUCAAACAAGCAUUCUGUCCAGGAGGUGGAGGUGCGUGUGGAAAGAUGUUCCGGCCCUUCAUUUCAAGAGAAAGCGUCAUUAUUCGAAGCUGGAUUUCAGUGAACACGUUAGCAAACUUCUGUCUCUCCGAUCCGGUCAUGCUAUUCUGGAAAAAGUUACCUUUGAUUACUUUUGGUGCCCAGUACAGAAUGGAGAACCAGAUAUGGAAGUCUUCGAUAGAGUCAUGCAAUAUGCUGGCUCCAAUGGUACUGGUGGUCAUCUUCAUCAUCUAACAUUUGAAAGACUAGGUAAUCCUUAUUCUAGCUUCGAGGCCAUGGCUGCCUCCAUCACUAAAUAUCGCCAUCAUGAAUCUCUGAGGUAUCUUAGAUUGUACGGGUCGGAUCUUGAGUCUCCAAUGACUUCGGGCUUCAAGUUGCUGACUACUCUGCGACUGCAUAGAUGCACACUUUGGUACAUUGAUCCUUUUGCUGAUUUCCCUUGCUUGAACUACUUAAAGCUACGUGAUUGCUCAUCGUUAGUUAACUUAGUAGUUUCGGGACCCCAACUAGUAGACCUGGAAAUGGAAAGCACAAGGUGUAAUGGUACGACCAAGACAGUCGAAGUUUUUGCUCCAAAGCUCAAAUCUUUUGAUUAUAGCUGGACGAAAAUGCAUUUUAAAGACUUCCCCAAGUUAAACCUCCCUGUCCUGGAUCACGCAAACAUCUGUCUGCACUGGUAUAGCAUUCUUCACUUCAAUGACGGUGAUAUCUUAACGGAGAAGGCCAAUCGCGCUUGCAUAGACCUGCUGCGUGGUUUGCAUAAUGUUAAAUCUCUCAAUGUCGGCUUCGAGGUCUACGAUGAUGAGGAGGAUGGCAUGCAACAGAACUUUCCCCUCACCGAAAUGGUGUCCUUAAUGGAGCCUGAAGCCUCCCCCUUCACUAGACUGAAGACACUGAAGGUGCACUAUCGAAAAGGAUCAUCAGCACCAAGCAUACCGUAUCAAGUAAUCGUUGGUGCUUCAGAUCGUUGCCUUGACCCAACUCUAUUGGAGCCACCAAUCCUGGACAAACUGAUACAUGCAAAGACGGCCGAAACCAAGGAGCAAAAUUCCAGUGUAGCUUCACCAACGAGCCAAUAACCAUUCUGGCCAACCAGUAUAGGACUUUAUUCUGACUGCC